AUGACACAGCGUUUCGUAGACGGACGGCCCAGGGUCCAGCUCGAAGUCAAACAAACCCCGAAAUCGAUGCCACCAGAACAUUGCGAGGCCACGGAACAUGAUGCCCCAUCAUCUUCCUUCAUAACAUCUCCACGUUCAACAGCUGCUCGGCCUCCCGCUCUACUGGUUAAAUCGUCGAUGGUAUCAUGCAUGGCAGGCAGUGAUCAAAGAAUCGACCGCCCUCCUCUUGCUAGCCUUGAAUCAGUUGCGCGCGCCUACUACAGCCCGAAUAAGCGGCGACGCCAGCGUCAAAAGAUCAAAUAA